AUGAAUCCAACCUCCUUGUCAGAUCAUGAGCGACUAGCAUCAUUAGUGGGAGGAGCGACUGCUGGAUUUUGUGUUGAUUUAAGUGUUUAUCCCUUGGACACUAUCAAAACUCGUCUUCAAAGUGCUUCUCAUGUGGUAAAACCUCGGACAGCCGGAAGGCUUGGUCUUUUCGCUGGUCUCCCAGCUGUUAUUCUUGGUUCUGCUCCUGGAGCUGCCUUGUUUUUCGUUACCUAUGAGACCGCUAAGAAAGCGAGUAUGAAUGCUGGUGCUCCAUUAGGGAUGGCUUCGAUGCUUUCCGCUUGUGCCGGAGAUAUGGGAUGGCGUGGUCUCUAUCGUGGUUAUUGGAGUCAACUUUCUCGGGGUCUUCCUUUCUGUCUCAUUCAGUAUCCAGUCUGGGAGUUACUUAAACGGACAAUGGAACAAUAUAAUCGAGAGCAUCAUCAGAAGGAUUCCUUUGUCGCUUUGAAUCCACCUGGCAAUGAGGAACGAGUUGGGUCUAGUCUCUCCAAGGCGCAAUUUGCCAUUUGUGGAGCUGUUGCAGGCGCCAUUGGUGGCUUCUUUACCACGCCUAUGGAUGUCGCAAAAACUCGUAUUAUGCUUGCCAAGGUAAGAUCUGAUUCUAAGUUCAAAUACCGAUUUGUCGCCUCUAAGAAAGGAACUCCUCUUGCAUCAGGGAAUGUGCUUAUUUCUCUAAAGACCAUCUAUCGGGAAGGUGGCGUCUCAGGCCUCUUCGCGGGACUGCUUCCUCGUGUCUUCAUAAUGUCUUUCGGUGGAGCCAUUUUCCUCGGUCUCUACGACAUCACAAAGCACAUGUGGCUCGAUGGUCUUCAUCAUCGAGAGCGAACAGCUGCUUUCCCACCACUCUCGUUUUUAUACAAUUUCUACAAACUGCCACCUGCGACCGGUAGCAUUAGUCUUUGGAAUCGGGAGAGGGAAUCACAGGUGUAUGCUGGAGCUACAGCAGGUCUCUGUGUGGAUGUUGUUCUCUACCCCAUCGACACACUGAAGACACGUUUGCAAUCGGCUUCUGGAAAUAUAUUCACAUCUUGUGGCAGGCUAAAGCUCUUUGCAGGCCUUCCUAUGGUUCUCCUCGGAUCAGCACCUGCUUCUGCCGUAUUCUUCUACUUCUACGAGGUGGCGAAGGAGCUUUCUCAGAAAAACGGUCUACCGAUGUGGGCCUCCUCAAUGCUUGGAACUGCCGCCGCUGAUAUCACUUCAAUGGUGUUGUGGGUUCCCUGUGAGAACGUCAAGCAGUCGGCUCAAAGUCGUCCAUUCGAUUCCCUUCGAUCCAUUUUUCGAGGCUAUGUUCAACACGAGGGUUUCCUCGGCCUCUAUCGGGGUUAUGUCAGCACGAUAGUUCGUGAUCUUCCCUGUGCCCUGAUCCAAUUCCCAAUUUGGGAGGCCUUAAAGACCUUCUUCGCGCGUCGAAAUCAUCGUCGACUCCUUGAACAACACCAUUCGCAAGGCAAUACUGAGCACCAAAACCUUCCUCCUCCUUCCACUGCCAACUUGACGGUCUUUCAAUUCGCAUUGUGUGGAUUUCUCUCGGGAGCUAUCGCCGGCACAGUGACUACUCCCCUCGAUGUAGCAAAAACUCGAAUCAUGCUCGCGGAGCAAGACAGCGCUCUUGCAUCAGGCCGCAUCUCCACCGCCUUGAAGUUGGUCUAUAAAGAGUCAGGUGUCUUGGGGUGUUUCGCUGGAAUUCUUCCUCGAAUUGGCCUAAUGUCCUUGGGUGGAGGAAUAUUCCUCGGUCUCUACGAUAUUACAAAGGCCUUCUGGGAGACAACUAUAGAGAGCAGGAGUACAAAACCGAAGCCCUAG